CAAAGCAAAACCCAUCAACAAUGGAGUUUGGUUUGAAUUCAUACAUAUAAGACAUGUAAAACAUUACAAAACAUAAUUACUUUCUUCUAAAAUAUGUCAAUUGGUAAUUACUUAUAUUAGUUAUAUACAUAGCUUAAAGAUCUUAACAUUGAAAUUCCAAUUUCUUUUUACUAUUUUUCAGUGUAAUGGCCUUCAUGAAACUACUGUUGGUUAUUUUGAUUGUAAUGAAUUACAUCGAAACCUCAAGCCAAAAUCUUGUACUUGACUAUUACAAGGAAUCAUGCCCUUUAUUGGAAGAAAUUGUGAGGUACGUUGUGAAGACUAAAGUGCUAAGGGAGCCUCGAGUAGCGGCUCAAUUACUGAGGCUGCAUUUCCAUGAUUGUUUUGUGCAGGGAUGUGAUGGAUCGGUAUUGUUGGACAGCAAUGGUGGGAUUGUUAGCGAAAAGGGAGCAAAACCAAACAAAAAUUCACUCAGAGGUUUUGAAGACAUUGAUGAUAUUAAGGCUGCAGUAGAAAAAGCAUGUCCAUGGACAGUCUCUUGCGCUGAUAUCGUUGCUAUUGCUGCUCGUGAUUCUGUUGUUCUGAGAGGAGGGCCAUCGUGGGAAGUUUGGCUUGGACGAAAAGACUCCUUAACAGCCAGCUUUGAUGGUGCAAACAACUUCAUCCCAACUCCAAACUUAUCACUAGACGAUCUCAUUGCCAAUUUUAAGCAACAAGGUUUGGACACCAAAGACUUGGUCGCGUUAUCAGGAAGCCAUACUAUGGGUGUGGCAAGAUGUGUAAGCUUCAGGCAAAGGAUCUACGACGCUGGUUUUCAAGAAAACAUCUACGAAAGGUUUUCAACCUUCCAGGAAACCCUGAGUUCAAUAUGUCCAAGAUCAGGGAAUGAUAACGUGCUAACACCCCUUGAUUAUAGUACACCAACAUUUUUCGACAACCAUUACUACGAAAACUUGGCAGAAUCCAAAGGACUGUUACACUCAGAUAAUGUGCUAGUCCUAGAAGACGAAAGUGGAGAAAUACAGCAGAGAGUUUGGGCAUACGCCUCAAACAGAGAGUUUUUCUUUGAUUCUUUUACUAGUUCAAUGAUUAAGAUGGGCAAUAUUAAUGUAUUAACCGGGGAAAAGGGUGAAAUUAGGAAGAAUUGUAGAUUUGUAAAUGCUUGAACACAAUAUACUCAUUACUUAAAAGUCCAUCAAUAGAUGAUUACCAAUAUAUUCAAAGCAUUUAGGAAAUUCACAUAGAAACAGUUUUUCUAUCUUCUGAA